GGUGUUGCAAAAUAAAUCUGUACGUGGCUGUCACCUGAUUUCAGUUAUGAGGUACGGAAGGAGCGGUGCAUGCUGUGGCGGCCCAAAAACGACUGCCGGCUGGCGGCCAGCGACGAUGAACAGCGUGCAAAGGGCGAUACGGCAAACUUGUAAACAGCUGCAGGCCUCUAUGCCUGGGCUUGAUGCGAGCUAUGAGAGCUGGUCGCCAUCAUUUGCUUACAGGUAAAGAUUCUCACGCUUUUCUUGGCAUUAGACACACAGAGAUGCUCCCCAAAAGCUUCAAUGAUCCUUUCUGUAGC